AUGCAGUCCUUCAACUUUGCGUCUCGACAGUCUGCGGCGGAUGGCAUGGACGACGCAGCGAGCCGCUAUGUGCCCAGCUCUAUCUACAGCGGUGGAGGGCAGUCUAGAGCACCCAGCACCGCUGUCCAAUUCACUCCUAUGCCGGUGGGCGGCCCGUUCCAAGACACCCCUCGACCGGACACGCACAAUGGAGAUCGAAACGGAGACCGACCCCGAGCUUCGGCGUACUUGAACGUUCACGAUCCGGUAGCGAUGCAUCUCCUGGCCGAAACGGCAAUGGUAGAUAGCAAGGACUACGAGGUCCUCUCGUAUGAAGAGUUGGAGCAGUUGAAGAAAGAGAAGAAGUUUUUGGACAACAGAGUCGAGUCAACACGGCGGAAAUUGGCCCUCGAAAUAAAAGUUCGAGAUGCUGCGCAGUCCCUGAACAGACUAUACACCCCUAAGGGCCGCACACCUAGUAUCGAUUUCAGCGGAGAUGCGAACGGCCACUCGCCCCCAAAACAGCGCAAGCGGAAUUUCCUUGGUAGCAAAGGCAGUAUCAAUGAAGCGUCCUCUAGGGCAGACGAUGAAUAUAUUGCAAGUGCGAAGCGGGUGGAGGUUGUUAGCCAGGAAUUGUCAGACUUGGAAAAACGAUUGGAAACCUGCGACAGGCGACUAUUGCAGCACACGGCAGGUAUCCUACAGAUGACACACCGUGGUCUGAAGAAGAAUGUCCGAAAAACCCAGCUACCGCACAGCCCCGAGAGCAUGUCGAGUCAGAACCGCAACACGUACUAUAUGGACACAAUGAACGACUUCGACGAGCGGAGCCUAUACCAAGUACCUGAUUACGUUCGGGAGGCUCACAUAUCUGGCUUGCCGCCUCUAAAUGCUGCGGGCCCUGAUGUUCGUGCACUGGAUGAGAUGGCUGGGCGACUCGAUCAGCUUGCAGCUCGGAUGCAUGCCAUGAUUAAGCAAACCGGAUCGCAAGAGCAUUUUGAGCCACCUCCAGAGCAACAGCCAGAUCGAGCGAAUUCCUUGCAGAAUCAACUUGGCUAUCUGGAACAAGGCCUUGAUGUUAUGGAAGGCGCGCAUGAACGACUCCUCAGCAGUGUUCAGUCGGAUCAAGACACCGGCGAGCAGCUCCACGAAGUAAACGCUCGACUUGGCAGUAUGCUAGCUCGGACUAACUCAGUGAGUCGAAGUCCAGUGGAGGAGACUCACGCGCCACAGGAUAGGGACCUCCAGGCACAGCUCGCUUUCUCGAGUGAUGCAUUGGACCGCUUAAACAAGCGGAUAGACUCAUUAGUUGAGCAGAAGGACAUCUUGACGAGACAGAUACAGCAGCAACGAGAUCUCAACAGCAAAUCGGACGCACAGCGUGAUGCUCGAAUUCAUGAGCUCGAUGGCCAGCUCGAGACCACGAAACGACAGCUUUCAAAUAGCGAUCAAGAAAGCCAGCAGCUGCGGGAGCAGCUCAACGCAAUGAUGGAGCAGCUUGACCAGGCAAAACAGGAAAGCGUGCUUCUGAGCCAGCGGCAGGACGAUAGGUCCGCAUUAGAAGAGCAACAGCGGCAGCAACAACAAGAGCUCGAGAAGUCCCAGUCAGACUUGCAGUCAAGAACACAAGAACUCGACAAAUCACAUGGGGAGAUGCAGAGACUUGAGUCCGAGAUUGUCAGAAUGACUACAGAGCUGACUAUGGCACGAGCAGAGCUUGACAGUGCGUACGGAUCUCGAGCACAACGAGCCGCCGAUGUGUCCUCCAACCCCGCUGUGCAGAAGGAAAUAGAGGACCUGAAACGGGAGCUUCGAGAAACUAUCGAAGACUAUGAAGUCAUGACUAAACAAAGCAUAGAGGCUGAGAAGGAACGAGACAAAUAUGAGGAAAGGAUCGAUAAUCUCGAGCAUAAGUGUGAGACCCUCGAGACUCAACUGAACGAGGAGAAAGUCAAAUGGAUGGGCGUGAAGACAGGAGCGCCGAAUGACUCGACGUCGGCUAUGGUGUUGAAGAAUGAAUUUAAGAAGAUGAUGCGCGACACCAGAGCCGAGCAGACGAGGGCGUACAAGGCCGAACAAGAAGAAAGACGUCGUUUGGAAGGCAUUUUACGGCAGCUACGCAAAGAAAACGGACAGGCCACGCCAAAGAAGAUGCUGUCGCCAGCGGUUCUGCAGACAGGCGAAUAG